UUGAAGACGAAGAAGAAGAGGUGACACACUGAGAAGGCAACUACUGAUUCUCUCACUCUCUUUCGGUUACUGUGGUAGUGUCUCUCUUACGCUCCCUUGCUGUAUCAUAGUCUUUAGACUUUAGUCAGCUUAGAUUCCAUUUGGACAGAAACUUGAGUGAGAUGAUGAUGAGGAUGAUGAUAAAAACGGCACUGUGGUCCUUGUUGCUUGGCCUCACUGUUACCUACACUGCUGCUGCUGGACCAGGCAGCUGUGUGGGUCGUUGUGGCGAGGUUUUCACCAGAGGCCAGCAGUGUACCUGCGACUUCAGCUGCCUGCAACAUAACGAGUGCUGCCCAGACUUUCUGACUACCUGCAACUCUGUUCAGUCCUGUCAGGGUCGCUGUGGUGAGACAUUCAGGCGUGGUCGGCUGUGCGAGUGUGAUCCACUGUGCAUCCAGUACAACACCUGUUGUCAUGACUACCAGCUACACUGCGAUGCCAGUGUGUCGGUUCCACACACCAGGACUUUCCAGCCUGUGAGGGCUGCAGCUUCAGUGAAACGGAAAUCCCAGAGAAGUCAGAAGAAUUCCAACAGUGAGAGCGAGGAAUGGUACACAGCAAGGUCACUCUGCUCCCUGUACCCUCGGACUCACUGUCCAGGUGCAAUGGGCCUCAACACAAUGACCGCCUCUGGCCCCGCCCCUCCCGUUGUACCAUCUAAUCCACAGCAAAAUGGUGGACGUAACAUCCCUGUUGGUGGACUGCCAGUGUCCAUCCCUUCAUCUCAUACUGGACUUCCAGACUCCCCAGUCCCUGGCUCCUCUCUGCCCAGCUACAGUGCUCUGUCUCUGGGCAGCAGUGCUCCUGUCAGUCCCUCCGGUCCUGGAGGUGCUGAUGGAAAUGUCCAUAUGGUGUUGCCACCUGAUGGAGUGGCUCCAUCAGGGCCAAGACAAGUGUUUCCAGAUUUCAGUGUUCCAGCUGACUCCAGACCCAGCACCCUGCAGGACGUGGCCCAGGCUUUGGGUCUCUCUGUGGUGGAUGGAGGUUCUGAGGGACCAGGGACAGGACUCCUCGCUGAUGUCAACCUAUGCAGUGACGCUCCCAUCAAUGGACUCACAGCUCUCAGCAAUGGGACCAUACUAAUAUUUAAAG